AUGCCUGCUGCACCGUCUUCCUUUGAUACGCAGGUCGACAAUGUAGCGCCUGUCCGACUGCUUGGCAAGACUAUUCCGCUUCCAGAUGUUGAGGAUGAGACCUUCCCGAUAGGUGUCGUUCCGAAUGCCACUGAUAUCGCGAGAUCAUCGAGCUCGUCCGCCCUGGGUCUCGUUAUUCCUCCUCCAGGACAAGAAUUCCACGCCCCGAAGUCGAGAGACAGUGCGAGGAGAAGGCAGUCAGCUCCGCAGAACAGUUCCGUUUGUUGCCCACUUCCGACCGAAAUCCUCCAGAUCUGCGAUUCUCUUCCACACCGACUCGGCUGCUCGUGGCGCAACCUCGAGUUGGGCCAUCGAUGGUCCAAUCAGACCACGCUCUCUCUCCUCUGCCCUCUCCUCGUUCACCAGGCCCGUCGGCUUCUCCUUCAGGGCAAAUCCACCCUCAUCGACGUCACGUUCGGACAAUUGUACGAAGACCCCGCGCAACCCCGGCCCAUCCUGCGUGGGCCGAGCGUGAUGAAGCUCGAGCAUCUUGAAUCGAUGUCGGUCACUUCUUCAGCGAAUUUGGCGUUUCUGUUCGACAAGAAGGCGGUCGAAUUGCCAAAGUUGAAGCGCCUCUCUUUAACAUCUCGUCGUGGCUCAUGUUCGGGCUUGAGUGGACCUGUUGUCCUUGAUCAGGCGCUCGACAUACCUUGGGCCAGCUUCGAGAGCCUGUAUCUUGCGAACGAGUCAUCGUCUUCGUGCGAUAUUUUGCUCAUCCUUUCUAAGUGUAGCCGCUUACGACAAUUCUCCUGGUCCGGUGACUUGGAACGGUUUGCGGUCCCAGGACGUCUCCCUGCCUUGAAGCUUUCGCACCUAGAAGAGUUGAGCAUCAGCUCCUCGUCAGAGGGAUGUAACGCCCUCGUUAACACCUUUCCCAAGGAGAUCAUAUGGAAUAUCACAAAGGGAUCUUUUACCUCACUUCCCUCUGCGCUUUCUCGAUCAAACUAUGUCAGCUUGACCCACCUCGCCGUUCAUGACCCCAUUCCACUCGAAAAACUAGUCGCCAUUCUACGCGAGCUGGCAAAGCUAGAGCAUGGUGAAUUUGCUGUCAUUAACUUGCCUUGCUCUCGAAGUCAAGGCAUCAACACUCGUGGGCGCGUGCCUCGCAAAGCGCUUCGUCAUUUGGAGCUGUCAACUACCACGUCUUUGAUUCCGCUCUGGAACUCUCUCCUCUGUCCGAAUAUCAACACCAUAUCACUUUCCACCCCGAACCACUGCAUCGACCUUAUUGAUGACAUUCAACCCUUCUUGUCACGUUACAGUAACGCCGCCAUAAUCCAUACGUAUAACACUCCAGUGCAUACCUGGAACCUUCGACCCGUUACUCCAUCAUGGUCAUAA